CCUCCCCCUCCCUCUGGGAAACUCUGGGCCCCGCCUUUAAAACGGGCUUCGCCUUUAAAAGGAAGGUGUGUGGUUUUAGUUUCGCUUUCACUUUCGCUUGGCUUCCCUUUGAGAGAGAGAGAAGAGCCAUGGCGGCCCCCGUCCGGAUGCCCAAGCCCACCUGCCUGAUCCAGAACCAGGAGGGGAGGCUGUCUGUCUGCCCAGAGGCCCUGGGGGUCCUGCGGAGCAUCCGUCACCCGGUGGUGGUGGUGGCCAUCGUGGGGCUCUACCGGACGGGCAAGUCCUACCUCAUGAACCGCCUGGCCGGGAAGAGGACAGGAAACUUCUCCCCCGGGCCCUUCCCUCAGAAAGAAGGCAAACCUGCAGCCGCCGCCGUCCCCAGGAGCAAGCCGGGAAUGAGGAGAGGGAGAGUCCCGACAGCCCACGAGAAGAAGGAGAAGAGAGGUCUCAGGGCGGCUUCCAAAUGCAAAGGCAAAUAUUCCAACACCAAGGGCAUCUGGAUGUGGUGCGUCCCGUACCCGGAUCAGAAGGACCAGACCCUGGUGCUGCUGGACACGGAGGGCCUGGGCAACGUGGAUAAGGGCGACACGCAGAACGACACCUGGAUCUUUGCCCUGGCCGUCCUCCUCAGCAGCACCCUGGUCUACAACAGCAUGGGCACCAUUGACCAGAACGCCCUGGAACAGCUCCACUAUGUGACGGAGCUGACCGAGCGCAUCACGGCCAAGGCCUCUCCCUUGCACUUCUUCCCCAGCUUCAUCUGGGCCUUGAGGGACUUCACGCUGCAGCUGGAGCCCAUCACUGAGGACGAGUUCCUGGAGAACGCCCUGAAGUUGAAGAAAGGGGACUCCCCCGACGUCCGGCUGUUCAACCUGCCCCGCAAGUGCAUCCGCUUCUUCUUCCCCACCCGGAAGUGCUUCAUCUUUGACCGCCCCACCAGUCGGAAGAACCUGCACCGUCUGGAGCAGAUGGAGGAGAGAGAGCUGGAGCCCGACUUCGUGGAGCAGGCUGACCGGUUCUGCAACUACAUCUUCUGGACGUCCAAGGAGAAGACCCUCCCGGGGGGGCAUGUGGUCACUGGGCACCUGCUGGCCAAGUUGGUGGAGACCUACGUGGAGACCAUCAGCAGCGGGAAGGUGCCCUGCAUGGAGAGCGCGGUGCUGGCCUUGGCCAAGAUGGAGAACGCGGCCGCUGUGGAGGAGGCCCUGGCCCGCUAUGGGGGGCUGAUGGGGCAGAGGCUGUGCCUGCCCACAGAGAGCGUCCCGGAGCUGUUGGGGGUCCAUGCCGAGUGUGAGAAGGAGGCCCUGCAGGUGUUCAUGGCACGCGCCUUCAAGGACGAUGCGCAGCGCUUCCAGGUUAAGCUCAUGAAAACCCUGGAUGACCGGAAGGAGGAAUUCUGCCGAAGGAAUGAGCAGGAGUCCUCCCAGCGCUGCCGGGCCCUGCUGGCCUCGCUCUCCGUGGGGCUGGAGGAGAAGGUGCGCAGCGGGGUCUACUCCCGGCCGAAGGGACACCGGCAGUUUGUGGGAGACCUGAAGGAUGUGGAGGGAAGAUACCGUCAGGAGCCCAAGAAGGGGGUGAUGGCAGAGGCGGCCCUGCAGCAGUUCCUGGAGGGCGAGGAGGCCGUCGGCAGAGCCAUUCUCCAAAGCAAUACGGCCCUCAGCGCACAGGACAAGCUUAUAGUAGAGGCCCUGGUGCAGUCGGAGGUCUCCCGGAGGCAGCAGGAGGUCCUGCGGCAGAAGCGGGCUGAGCUGGAGCAGAAGAUGCAGGACAAGCAGCGGAGCUACGAGGAGAACAUCCAACAGCUGAAGGUCAAGAUGGAGCAGGAUCGGGAGCAGCUCCUGAAGGAGCAGAAGAAGUUGGUGGACAGCAGGCUGGCGGCCUUUGGACAAGAACAGGGCCCGCUCUCCAUGGGUCUGCUCUCCUCCCUCUUCCGGCAGGAACAGGAGGCGCUGCUGAGGGAGGGGUUCCCGAAGGAGGCCAAGCGGAUGCGGGAGGAGGUCCAGCGCCUGAGGGAGCAGAGCGCCAGCGUCAAGGAGCCCUCCUGGAUGGAGAAGGCCAUGGGGAGGCUGAUCACAUUCGGCAUCAUCUUUUUUCCAGGGAUCGCAGGCAAGGCGGUUGAGCUCAUCUCUGGCAAGGCGGUUGGGCCCGUCUCUGACCUGCUCAGGCGCUUCUGAUCAGGCCCUCCCCCAGCACCGCCCCCUCCCCCCCAGGCCUCUUCCGCUCCUGCCCUUUGCCCUCCGUGGCCUGUCCGUGGGCCUCUUUGGACCGAAUGCACUAUUUGUUUGAGAAGAAUGUAGCUCUUCCCUCCCAGGGCCUUUCCACACAUUUUGCAGGCGUCUCAGCCAGACACGCUUCCUUGGGGGCUGCACCUGGGAGUGGCACUCCAUGAGCAAGGCCCAUUCCCUCCACCCAAAGUGAAGUUGGACUUGAGUGUGUGUGUGCAGUGGUGUCCCUGUGGGUGAGAAGGAGGCAGCCGCAGGAGGCAACCCUGCCACCGCUUCAUGCAUUGCCAGGCGGAUGGACGCUUUGGAGUGGAGUCACUCCCCCAUCUAUCACAGGAUAUGUAGACAGACAGAGAUUGAUAGGUAGAUAGGCACAUGCACAUGUAGUGGUUUUCCAUUGUACCCAGAACUCAUGUACUUGAUGCAGAUUCUGCUCUUUUGUUGUGUUUAAUGGUGCAUUUCUGACCACGAGCUGCUUUUCUUUUCUUGAUCUAGAGUGCCUCUCUUAUGCAUUAUUUGAGCACACCACACAGUAUCCAUGCAUAUUGGUGCUUAUCAAUACAGUAGUCAUACUUACAUUGGUGCUGAUCUUAUCGAUUCUGCGUUCCAACUAUUUCUGGGCCCUGACUGACAAGUGAUAGGAGGAGGCCUCCUGCGGAGCUCUUCGCCUUUCUGUCUAUUUGCCAAUAUCUACCUCUCUGAGGGCUGGUUUUAAAACCUGGUUUGGUAUUAUGCUUGUUUUGACCAUGCACUGUAUGCUUACCUUGGACCAGAUUAUUUGCUAAAUAAAAGUAUCCGUUGCUGUCUUUCACAACUGCAAAUGAGAA